UUCAAGCUUGCACAGUCUCAGGCACAGAAAGACAUUAGUAAGUGACAGAGUUUGGAGUGGUUGUUGCUACAGGAAACAGAGGACAGCUGAAUCUGGACUUGAGGACUUUCUGGGACUUUUUUCCCAUCUUGUCCUUCUGUAUUUUAUCACUCUUUUGGAAUGAAGUGAACUUUUGAUGGGGGAAAAGCUCCCACAGGUGCAAGGAGACCCCCAGCUCCGUCGUGACACUUUGAGCAGACCGGUGCGGACCCUUAGGGCUAAAAUGGUUCUUCUGGGGAGCUCUGGUGUUGGAAAGUCCAGCCUGGCACUGCGGUUUUGCAAGGAUGAGUUCAGGAAUACAUCACCUACUGUAGGCUGUGCCUAUCUCACCCAGGUGAUGCAUCUGAGUGAUGUCACCCUUCGCUUUGAGAUUUGGGACACGGCAGGGGAGGAAAAAUACCACAGUGUCACCCCGCUUUACUACAGAGGAGCCCAUGCUGCACUCCUGGUGUAUGAUGUCAGCAAACGGGACACAUUUAUCAGAGCUCAAGUGUGGCUCAGAGAGCUGGAGAAGCAAUACGUCGCAGGAUCCACUGUCUUGUGGCUGGUCGGCAACAAGGGCGAUCUGGCACAGCAUCGACAAGUGUCAGUGCAGGAAGGACAGAGUCUGGCCAAUGACAGGGGCUUGUUGUUCACAGAGACAUCAGCCCUGUCUGGGGAUCAGGUGGACAAGCUGCUGCUGGCUGUGGCCCACAGGGUGUACGAGUGUGUUGGAGCGCAGCAGGGGGGGCUGUCAGAGUGGCAGGAGACGCCACAUGUGGAUUUGCGCCGCAGAAACCAUCUUUUUGCAUCCUGCUGUAAAGUUGGACCCUGACGUCUGUCUCUGUCUUAAAGCUGCAGCGGGAACACAUGGGCAUCUGGUACACAACACAACAUCUCAAAUAAAAAGUGUACAUUGUG